GGAAGUCCACAUUUCGGCGAAAAGCGAGCGAAAGGUAGACAAUGCUGAAAUGAUGUAAUUUUCUCCUUAACGGCUGAUAAUCAUCCAAUUCAACAGUGGCCCAGUAACAUCGUUAUCACAAUGAAUCGAGAAAACGAGGAACAGCGACCAGUUCCUCAGACGUUAUGCGGCGCGCUGCAAAAAGAACCGAACUGCAAAUGCUUGGUGCUGACAGUCCUCAUAUACGGCUGUCUCGCGGCAGUAACAUGGUGCAGAUGUGCCAACGUUACCAAGAUUAUGGUCAACUAUACCAAAUUCCCCAUUAGAAGCACGAGACAUGUAUCAUCGCCUUGUGAUGACGGCUAUAUAUAUAUUCCGGUAGCAUUUAUGGGGAUGCUGUAUCUGGUUUAUCUGGUGGAGUGCUACCACUCGCCAAUCAGGAUCGAUCUAUUACACGCGGAGAGCCAGGACAGCGUGUUGUCCAAAUUGGCACAGCUAAAGAUGGCACAGCCGCGAAUAUGGUGGAAAGCAGUUUCCUAUCACUACGUGCGCAGGAAACGGCAAAUCACGCGUUAUAGGAAUGGAGAUAAUUAUACCACCACACAGGUCUAUUAUGAAAGGGUGAACACACACUCAGCUACUACUCACUACUAUUACGACUAUUGCGGAGUGAAAGACAUCAGUAAAGAAUUGAUAUUCGAGGCCAAGAUACCAAUUACGAAGAUCACGCUUACCAAGGGCUUUGCAUUUUCGAAUAUAAGGUCCGCUACGGAAUUUGAGGAGGCACGAUCACGAUUUUUCGCCGAACAAGAACUUAGUGACGACUAUAUGGAGAUGAGAGAAGGUCUUGAUCUCGGGUACAAUGUUAACACGAUGCUGGUUGCCGUUUUCGGUAAUCCGUGGUUUAUAAAUCACUAUAUUUAUUGGAGUUUGAGCGCUCUGCUGCUUAGUUGGCCGUUACGAGUAAUCAUCGAGUACAAAACACAAUACGCCGAUUAUCAGGUAAAAACAUUCUUGAAUGGAGUUAAAUAG